AUGACUCGUCUAUGGAAGGAUCUGCCGGAGAAGAUCCACCACAAGGUCUCUGAGAAUUGGAUCAGCACUAUUCUCCUCCUCGCUCCCGUCAUCGGAACCUACUCCACCUUAAACACUUUACAACUUUCUUAUUCACAAGUUCAUGAUGAGGAAGAGGACCAUGAAAAUGAAUCCGAAGGAUCAUACAGUGAGAGUGAAGCCUCGGUGGACCAUCAUGGCAAUAACAUAAGUCCUGAUGACCUCAAAGCACGGUCCUCUAUUAAGAGAAGUGAUACUUUAAGCUCUGAAUCCAAAUCACCAAAAGGAAGUAUGAAGCCUCAAGUCACUAAGAAGCUUUCAUCUCGCCCUAACCGGUCUUCACUACCACGGCAUGAUGUGGCUUCUGCUAUGAAGGAACCGUCUGCAUUGUCCAAUGCAUCAGGAGAAAGUAAAAGGCAGUGGGGCCGUGCUCAUUUCUCAUCUUCUUGUGUGACUGAUGCAGAUCGAGAUUGUGUACAACUACGGUCUAGAAGACAACCCAUAAACCUUACUUCCCUGGUCUUUGAAUCAUCCUCCUACCUUGCGGGCGAAGCAAUCCUGAGACCUGAGGAGUUCCCUUGUUACCAGGAAUUGUUGGCUCACAUUCAGUUCCAGUUGGGUAAGUUCAGGCUAUGGAACAUCUCCUAUGUUCCCCUUGGUGGCAAUAGAUGUGCUCAUGAAAUAGCGCUCAGCGUCACACGAGAUCAAUGA